AUGGGUCGAAAGGUGAUUUCCGAAUUGGAGCGAUUUACCGAACGCAUCGAAGCGAUCGCAAUGGAUGUGCUCAAUCUGGUCUCUCUGAAAGACAAUACACCGGAGAAAAUGAUCUGUCGUGAAAUGCUCACUGUUCCAUUACGAACAUUUGGCGAUUUAUCCCUGAUCGACCUAUUUGCAAGAGCAAAGUGUAACGAUUUGCUCAGUUUGCCGUGUUGUCAACGUGUACUGGACGAACGAUGGCACGGGGUUCUGAUACACUUACCCAACUGGGCUCGUUGGUCGUCCCGCCUGAUUCCUCUGGCCGGGGUGAUUUAUUUAGACUACAAAGCACGAAAUGAACUAGCCGCACCGACUCCUGGGGGAUGCACGGGAAAUAGGAGCAUCAAGACUCAAGCGACAGGACGGAGAACCAGCUCCAUUGUUGUGGAAAAGAUGGGAACACUCGGUGGAAUGAGCAGUACUCCACCAUCCAGCUGUUCAGUGCCCCUACUCGCUAAAAGGAUCUCCCGUUUCCCAUCACUAGGACAACCACAGCGACCGAACCACGGAAGAGCACGUUCGUCAGACGAACAAAGUGUACAAACUAUGUCCAUGAUACAAACCCCAGAACCCAUUACCACCAUCUAUGACCGCGUGACUAUCGGCCCGCGGUUGAAAAUGAUGGGUGAUAUGCUUCGAAAGGAUUUAGUUCCUCUGUUAAUUGUAUUUUUCAUUUUUAUCUUUUCUUACGGUGUCUGGUUCCAAGGUCUUAUCUAUCCGAAUAGCUUCUAUGAGACACCGGCUCAAAGAAGCAAUGCGAAGCGCAGAGGCUAUCUAAAACAUGAAGAUCAGCAACGCCUAAAUAUGGUCCAAUCAUUUGGUGAACUAUUCAGACGUGCCUUCUAUAGCAUUUUUGAGGUGAGUAUUGUUCUGGAUGAGGAAACGUGUGAGGGAAACGUUUAUUGCGGCAGUGAUACUGGAUUCCGUGCUGUGAUUUAUUUUGUUCUGGUCUUAUACACCGGCAUAGUGAACAUCAUUUUGAUCAACCUGCUCAUCGCGUUGUUCAGUAACACCGUGUCACGCAUCGAUCAAAAAGCCACCUCACUCUGGCUCGCUGGUCGAUACAAAAUGGUUAAAGAGUACAGUGAAAGAACUGUUCUACCACCUCCGCUUAACAUCUUCUGUGUCCUGUACGAGGUGGCUCAUUGUCUCCAUUAUUAUUGUCAUCGAUGGGCUCGUAAACAACGUCGCGUGCACAAACAGCACAAACCGUAUCCACCCAUACGAGAGCAACACGACUCGGACUCAUCGGACACGGAACAAGGCAUAAGUUCCGCGGAGAAACGCAGAAAACAGCGUGAAUCCAAAGCGAUCCGGGUACGUUUACGCAAUACGCGAUAUUUGCAAGAAGUAAUGGGCAGUCGAAGUUUAACCGGUUCAGAUAAGUGGGAACUGGAUGCGGUGCUCAAAUUCAUUCUAUUGCAAAGUUUCGCUCUGCAAGAUCGCCGCCAGACACUGGGCAAUGGGAAUAACUUAAGUGGACCUCUCUCUAUGAUGUCCAUCACACCGAUGCAUCAAGAACCGGGGGAGCCGGGCCGAUAUCAUGAAAUCGCUCGAUCGUUCACUCAUGUGCAACAACGUUUGGAUCAGAUGGAAUUAUUGCUCAACCGAGUGAUGGAUCGUCUGGAAGAUAUGUCCGAACGAAAAACAUUACGAACCACCUACACCAGCAGUCCCACACGUUCACCGAUUCGUCUGAGAAUGCCACAAGUACAACUAACACGGACAUCUUCAAACGCCUCCCAGGAACCGAUUCAAAUCCCUACUUCGAAGGAAAUAUUUGAAGCUUUGGAAAGAGAGAGGAGGGCACCACCGAAACCCAGUCUGUUAGCUGUUACCGGAACGGAUGAAUGUCUCGAUCAAUGGUCUUCCCUCCCACGACAAACGAAAAAGAGUCGUUCACUGAGCUUUAAAGAAUAA